UCACCGAGUCCUUGUCCAAGUGCAGACUGCUGCCAGGUGUUCAAACCCACUGGGUUUCUAACAAAUUUGGGGUGUUCCAUAACACUAUAACACCACAAUUAGCACCUAUCGUCAAGAGAGGGGAGAGAGAGGGUUCCACAAGUAAUUGAGGAGUCCAGAUGCAGGUAGAGACUGGUAUUACACAGGAAACUUCCCCUGUAUUUGGGGGGAGUGCUUCCAGGAGGAUUUGCGCCCUCCAAGUGCUGGUCCAUAUCCCAUAUGGCUCCCUUACUUUACUAAUCUUUCUAUGGCUUUUAGUCAUGUUCACAAGUCUGUUUCAGCUACUCCAUCUUAAUAAACUUUAAUUACUACAAUGCUCUCUUGUUCAAAGGUGUACUAAAAACAGAACUCAGUACUGGCUUGUCUUUGGCCUCUUAGGAAAAAAAUAUCUGGAAGUUUCUGAUAGCUUUCUGGGAUCCUAAAACUCAGUUCCUAAUCUAGUACUGGAAGCAUAAACAAACAAGCGAUUCCCUUCAGUAUCCUCUGAGUCCAAGUUUGACUGAAUUCUAAAUGUAUCACCUCCAGGCUCCCAGUACCAGAGCAAAGUUUGUUUUCUGUGCUAAUCCUCACAUCCCGACACUCACCUGCCAAAUAAAAUCCACAACAAACUGUCAAAUGGAGUACGCUUUCACGGUGCACCAAAGAAGCGGUAGAAGAACACCCUAAUGGUGUCCCUAAAGAGUUUUGGCAUCGACCCGGAGUCAUGGGAGCAAAUCACUUGCAACCGUCCAUGCUGGAGGUCAUCAAUAUAGAACGGAGCACUGGCCUUUGAACAGCAAUGCAUGACAGAAGCAAUGAAGAAACACAUGUCCAGGAAAACAAAAAUCUCUCAUACACAGUCCUCAUCACUUUCCUGCCCCUGCUGCAGCAGAUUGUUUAAGGCAAAGAUUGGGCUUAUAAAUCACCUAUGUACCCACAUGACCUAGCCUCCACCCCCCUCCUUUCUCUCUCCUCUCAUUUUUCCUUUUUUUUCUCCUUUUCUCUUUUCUCCCUCACUGUUUCUUUUCCACUUAGAAUCCGGGGAGGGGGGAGGGAGAGAAUGUCAUCUUCACCCACAAUGCAUGAACAACAAUCUAAUAACUGAUUGGGCGCUUUAAAGCACUGACAAGCCCCACUGAAGCACUUGAGCUAUACCGAUGUUGGGUGAGCCAGAUCAAACUGACGCAAAGCCUCUUUCAGUAAAGCACUAUUUUUUUCCCUCAUCUGUCAACACCCAAAAAGCCCAUGCUGUCACUACGACUGCCACUGGUGCAGAUACAGCUGCUGUCUCCCUCUGCCAUUGCUCCAGCUACGGUUACCACAGGUCAGCCUCCACCAGCCAUCCUGCCAGAAGGCCCAGCAACAGGUACUGUUCCCCUCCCCACCAUAACCAAGCAGUCAGAAACCUAAGGCUUAAUACAGAGAUUGUUGCGUUGAGUAGCUUAUUGAGUAGUAGCUGAAAGUGCUGCUGCUUACGUGCAAGCAGCUACACAUAUGCAGGAAAGGGGCUCAUCAGGUAAUGGACAACCUGGCCCAAUCUGCUAAUUAUUUCUAGCUAGGGGUAAUUUAGCUAACCUGCUACCUUAGCACCUGGUGCCCAUGGGAGUUUCCUAUAUGAUAUCUGUCUCUGCCUGUAUCUUGACCCCUCAGUUACCUGUGAAACCUAGGAAAUCUGCAAAGCGUGGAGAGCUGAGUCACGAAAAGACCUGAGGUGCCGAAGUCCAAAAUUCUCAAUCCCAUAUUCUAGCUGUCGCUUACCCCUGGGGGCACCAGAAAUCCCAGGCGCCUAUAUUUUCAAUCACUAUAGUGCCCUGGGUGUGCAAAUGUCUGCUUCAGGGCAUGCCCAGAACUAGUGCUUAAGUCCUAACAGUAUCAAGAAUCUAGAUGUCUGUCUCAACUAAAAGUUUUUUUCUGAAACUUUUCAUACUGGAAGUUUUUUCCCUCCCCCUCCAACCUUGACUGCAGGGACCAAGUCAGCAGCUAUUCUCAAAGCGUAAGUAACCCCCCCCACACAACACAUCUUGCCUGAAUUCCAACAGCUGCAUAGUUAGUGCACUCAGUGGGGACAUGGAGACCUCUUCUUUUAGAGAAGAAUCUGAAUUCAAAUCCUCUCCUCUCUCAGGUAAGGGGUACUGUGAGGAUGGUAGCUUCUGCUCAAGCCAUUGCUCUUAGCAUGAAAUAAUUAGAUAUUCAAAGAGAAUGGCUCUCUAGCCCAGUGGGAGCAGAAGACUUGGUUCCAGGUGGCUAAAUAAGUAUUUUAUAGAAAAUGAAAUAGCAUCACCAGAAGACGCUGGACCAUCCCUCCCCAACCACAAUCCAGAGCAGCUUAAUAAGUAAUGUGUCCUCAGUGUUCUUCUAACAGAGGAGGGAUUUCAGUAUGGAUCUUCCAUCACCCAGGAAAGAUCUCUAACCAUGAGCGCACUGAAAUAAACCGAAGCACAUCCUCCUGGCAGCGUUUUGUGAGAGGUGCUGAAACCAGCUCUAGUCUAGGAGAAGGCUAUGGUUCAGGAUCUUGAGUGGAGUGAGGGUCAGGCCUUGCUGCUUCAGGGUUUCCUGCUGGGUAGCAUAGGAAGCACUCCACCUCACAUGCUAACUGCUGUGGAUCCCAUCCUCAGGCACCUAACUCCCCUCAUGUACUGUAUAGGAAGUCUGGGUGCCCAGCUCAAGGCUGUGGACUCUAUUAGGCAACAGUAGUCUGGGAAGGGAAAAAAAGUACUGAGUACCUACAUGGAACUCAUUGCUGACUGUCUCCAUAAGUGGCACUUAAAGUUGAGCAUCAAAAAUCAGUACCAUCACUCUUCCACCUUGAUAGUUGUUAAGCCAAGAGCACACUGAAUAUCUAAGUAGGGAACCACAUCCUUCCUCAUGAGCAUACCCCAACCUACUCAGGAGUUACAUUAGACCAUUCCCUCACCUAUAGACAUUCAGAAAGCCAGCAGUAAAGUCUCUGCACAGGUAGCUGCCUUAAGAUGUUUAGCCAGCACAAUAUGGGGUGCCAGGUGCAAAGUCUUUAGAACCACUGCACUUGCCAUGGUAUAUGGUCCAGCAGAAUAUUGUGCUCCUGUAUGGCCCAAAAGCUGUGACACUAAAAAGCUUAACACUGUACUUACCAGUGCACUGAGACUUAUAACAGGCUGCACAACUUAAACACACACAGAUGUACUACUCCCUGUACUCUCAGGCAUUAGACCAAGUGAUAUAAGAAGGCAGACUCUAGCACAGAGGUGGGCAAAAUGUGGCCCAGUGGCCAGAUGCAGCCCGCCAAGCCAUUCUGUCCGGCCCACGGGGCCCCUAAAAAAUUUAGAAAAUUAAUAUUUAUCUGCCCUGGGCUACCUAUCAUGCAGCCCUCAAUGGCUUGCCAAAACUCAGUAAGUGGCCCUCCGCUCAAAAUAAUUGCCCGCCCCUGCCCUAGCAUUGUUACUGGCAAUAGAAGCAAGAGAUAAUAAAAAUCACCUGCUUUACCAACUGUUGACUAAAGACCUGAAUACAUGGAGGCUUCAGCAACUUAAAAGUCAUAAAGCAUUUAUAUGUGAAGCCCACAAGUUCCUGGAAGAGUUUGAGGCUGCUGAACCAAAUCUACGGGCAGCAAUGGAGUGGGUCGACCACUGGGAAAGGUUAGUCGAAUCCCUACAGCACUUUGUAUUAACGCCAAACAAGUCCCCUAUUGGGCAUGACCUUGACAGAGAAGCAUGGGUCAAGCUGAACAGACUGAGAUUUGGAUAUGGACGUUUCAGAACACUUCAUAAGAUGAACAUCUUGGACAGGCUUCUGCGUGAAUGCAGUGCCUAACAAACAGCACAGCACUUAAUUGAAAGCUGCAGUCUUUACAAAUGUCCAGAUGGGGCAGAUGGAAUCUGCACAUUGAGUGAUAAUACUAGACAGUGGCUCAUAAAUUUGGAAGUUGAUAUCUGAUGCCACACAAAAGAAAAAGAGAUACUGGGGGGGCAUAGGAGCACAAUGGAGCUCAAGUCUUUCUGAGUUUGUCUUCUCUAGGGUUUGUUCACCUCCAAUAAUAAACAUGUCUAAACACUAGUCUGGAUGCUCUUCUCAAAUAUUGUUCUACGCCACGGGUUUUCAACCUUUUUGGAGCAGUGUACCCCUGGUGGCCGGACACAGAGCAGGGGUGAGGGAUAGGCACGGCUGAACACAGAGCGGCACUAGCUGCCGCAUGCAAGCUUUCCCCGUCAUUCGUGUCCAGCUGGGUGGACCGAUGCCUGCAUGGCAGUGCGGGAUGGUGCAUGGCAGCACUCCGUCCCUGCCCGCCCACACAUAUCUCCUCUGGCCUUCUCAAAUACCCCCGGGGGUACGCAUACCCCUGGUUGACACCCCCUGUUCUAGGCUGUGGAUGUUUGUAGGUUUCAUGGAUUCAGCCUUGGAACUUGGGAGCGGGCUGGAGAGAUUGGAGCAUCCUCUUGACUGCUUACCAAACCAGCUCAUCUCAAUGCCCGUCCCUCACAAUCCUCCCUAGAUCUCAGCUGCUUCUGUUGUACCCUUUCUUUUCAACCCCCUUCCCCCAGGUGCUUUCACCUGCUGCUCUUUUCACCUACGUAUAGCCUUCUGUGCUGGCUUUCGCUCCUCAGACCUCAUGAAGAAUGCCUUGCAUUUGAAAACUUGCCUAACUCUUUCCCAGCUAUGCAGUUGGCCCAAUAAAAGAUAUCACCCCAAGUAAUGCUUGACUCUCACAUAAUUUUUGGACCUUUGUGGCUACAGCAUCACUCUAACACUACUAUAUCCUCUCUUCACUUUCCUUUCAGCUCCCACUCUUCCCCUGAAUUCUCCCAGUCUCCCAUCCCCCUGGUGUGUUCCAGCCUUUUUUGCCCAUCAUCAGGUCCUCCAUUUGCUUUUAAUCUCACAUCCUUCAUGACCCCCUCUGUGUCCCUGAUUCUUCCUUUCUCCUUGAUCCCUUUGCCUUUCUCCCCGCCCCUCCUCCCCCCCCCUCCCCCCGUGGGCAUGUCCCCAAGGCUCCAACUGUGAGGUUGACUGUGACGUCGCAGUGUUCUCUUUCCAUAUUGCCCUUUGAAACAGGAGCUGUUGGUGUGGGUUGGAGGCUGGCAUUAAAGUGGAAAAAUGAUGGGGCUCCAUUUUCUGUCCUGUGGUCUCCUGGUGGCUUUUCUGCACUCGCUGGCGCUGCCUCUCUGUGGCAAGUCACCCCCAGCUCCAGGUACCCCACUGUCUGACAGCGAGUACCAGGUCUUUUUCUCUGCCCUGCUAUCCUCCCAGAAGGCUAAUAUGUUCUGUCAGAUCCGACGCACGCAAGGAUGCUACGAUCCCAAUAUCAUCUGGCUGGACCAGCACGAGAACCACGGCUGGAUCCCAGAGGGCUCAGUAUGUACCAACCUCCCAGAAGCCUCCUUGUUUCAGACCUUCUGUGAGUUUGCACAAUACCGUUGUACCACUCGCAAGUUCUACAUCAAGAGAAUCCUGUGUCCUGACUUGCCUCCCCCUAAAAAGUCUCCAGCCCAAGCAGAAAGGCCUCAUACCAUGGGCUCUUGGGCAAAGAGCGACUCGCUUGCCCUGACCAGCCCUCCUAAGAAACCAGAUUCUAGGCACCUGAAGGAGGAUCGCAGGCAGCACACUGACAUCCGGCUAUACCCCCACAUUGAUGCUAUCCUGAAAUAUGCGUAUGCUGUUUCAGGCCAGGAGCCGAUGCCCAAAGGGUUCCUCCAUGUCAUGCCAGUGCGCCAAAGAACUCAAGAGCGCCUGGACGUGCCAGGGCACCUACAAGGCCAGGCAGUCACAGCCUUAUCUGAAACAUCACUGCGGGUAAAGCUCAGCACCAAGAUUGAGAGGGGCACAAAACAACACAUAGACUAUGUCAUCGAGCAGCUAAUCAACUUAGCAUUCUCCUUGGAGGGGUCUCUGGAUGUGAAGACCACACCUGUGCCAGUAGGCACUGAGCUAGACCAGAAGGGUUCAAACAGUGGUGCCCAGGAAGAGGUCCCAGUAGCAAGUUUCACUGGCAGAGAAAACCCAGAAGAUCUAAUUCCAGUGCAGUCUGACAUUUCAAUAUCCAGAAGGUAAAUAAAAACAAC